AUAUGACUGUCAGAGGUCAAAUGUUGCUCACAACCAAACAUGUUAAUAGAGGAUCGGGUUGAGCUAGCCUCAGUUUCCUUUGUUUACUCAGUCUGCAUUUCAGAACAGCUGAUACGUCCAUUUCAGCACUGCCGCGAUACUGCCAGCCAGCCAGCGUGUUGUAGCUUUGACUUGUCCUGCGACCACUGACACCAAACAUACGAGCUCAAGCGGAAUGGUAGCACUCGCUCCAACAGACAUGUUUCACAGUUGUUAUUUGUAGUGGUUUAAGACUAGCGAUAUUCGAACGUUCUGUCUGUAUUGCGUCGCGGUGCAUACACCUUGCUUUCAUUGCCUCACGCAACAUACCGGUAGGCCGAGUAGCAACGAUGUACCAGCAGAAAUAAGUGAUUUAAACCACAAGUCAACAUUUUAACCUGGCUGCAUGCUUUUUUGUUGUUGUAACAGUCCACUCGAGCACCGAAUGGAAACUGCAUAUAUAGUCUAGUCGUGGUGUUCUUAUAUCUCAUUAAUGUGUCAUUAUUGUCAUGGUAGGCUAGUAAACUCCUACUGCAUUGUUACACUGUUAUGGUUCAAAUUUAGGUAAAGAUUAAGGAAGGAGUCAAUUACAUUGUGUUUAUUUCAAGUUUUAUGAACUGAAAUUAGUCAUUUCAGAAUAUGGGAUUAGCCAAACUCCCUAAUUAUGUUCAUUUAAUUCUGAUGUUGCCUAUUAAGGUCAGUAUUUCACUUGACAUGUUUUUGUUUCACAAGUGGCUUGCCUUAAUCACAAGCCACUAUUGAUUAUGAGGUGGCUGUAUGACACAUUCUCUCUCUGUCCUUGGUGUCUCCUGUGCAGUUUCAUUUUAGCUCAGAUUUUCAAAAAUGUAUACAGAUCAGAGUAUAUUGGGAUUGCCUGAAAUGAGAGAAUGACAUAUUAGAAACUUUGUUGGUCCUGUAUGGCUCAGUUAGUAGACCAUGGAACGUGCAACGACAGGAUUGUGGGUUCAAUUCCCUGUUUACAGUUUCAUCCCGGUGUAAUAAAUGUAACAUUACAUAUUUUCCUUUAAUGGCGUGAAUAUGUGUCUAACAGAGGAGGCUCCUCAGGGAAGGACCAUCCUCCUCAGUGAAUUUCAUAGAUUUUUUGAAAUAGUGAAACAUUAAAGUUAUACUUUUUAGAUACAACUAUACUAAAUAUAUUCACCAAAUAAUUUAUUAAAACACUGUUUUGCAAAGGUCUACAGUAGCCUAAACAGCACUCUGUAGGUCAGCACCAUGGUGUAGCCUGAGGACAGUUAGUUUACGUCCUCCUCUGGGUACAUUGACUUCAAUACAAAAUCUAGGAGGCUCAUGGUUCUCACCCCCUUCCAUAGACUUGGACAGCAAUUAUGACAUCUUCCGGAGGACGUCCUCCAACCUAUCAGAGCACUUGCAGCAUUAACAGAUUUCUACUCGGUCAAAGGAUCAGAGUUUAAAUCUAGUUCUAAAAGCAUAAGCUACAGCUAGCUAGCAUUGCAGUGCAUAAAAUGUGACUCAAAGAGAGUGAAAGACUAUAGUUGUACAGUUUUCAACAAAUUAAUUUCUUUAAAAAUGAACGAGAUGGAGAGAGCUAUAUUUUGUUGUAUUUUUUUUUCUCACUUUCUCUUAGCUAGCGAAUGCAGCUAUAUAGUUUAGCCUACUCAAACACCUAGCUCAAACAGAGAGGGAUGCUAUGUUAGUUAGUUGGCUAUCCAACAUUGGAACUCUUCCAAGUCAAGUUUCAUCAGUUGAAAUGAGUGUGCGCGCGGGGCAGGGUAGCGACGAGGUUCUGGUGUCCCAGGCGGUGUGGGACUACUUGGCUGCCGCCGGCCGGCCCUGGCUCAUAGACUUCCAGGACAAGCAGGGCCUCAGCGCAGGCAUUAUCCGCAGAGGGGAGCGGGGAGGCUGCUGCGCAGUGCGGCUACGCCCCGUAGAGGGCUCCCGUUCUGGGGGAGGACCAGGGAUGAUGGAGGGAGGAUGCAUCUCCAAUGAGACGCGCAAGUCCUUCAUAGACUUAUGCCGCUGCGCCCGGAAAGAGAUGAGCAAACAGGAGGGGGGUCCUAAGUGGAAGAGGUCUGUGCUGCCCUGUGUUGGGGUGGGGGUCCUGGAGGGGGAUGGAGAGGGGAGCCUGCUAACACCUCAGCCUCCCCAGCCCAGACGCUCUCAGAGGCAGCAACAGAGGUGUAGGAAGCCUGCGGAGGAUGAGGCCUGUGUGGUCCUCUCCAACUCCAUGAACUGCAUGUCCCACGAUGCAUCAGGACAGAGGAAGCAGGACAACAUGGAAGUCAACUGCAGUAUGAUGGCAUCCUCUCAUAGCCGCUCCCAGAGUGAAGCAGACGACCACACCUCAUGUUCCAUCUGCAUGGGAGACAUGGUGGAGAGGACCACGCUGGAGAGGUGUGGCCACGCAUUCUGUCGGUCAUGUCUGGACCAGGCCUUCAAGGUGAAGAGAGCGUGUCCGGUGUGUCGUCUGGUGUACGGCCAGCUCAUAGGGAAUCAGCCUGCUUCCGGGACUAUGAUGGUGGAGAGGGACCCAGAUCUGGAGUUGCCGGGACAUGAGGGCUACGGGUGUAUCUGCAUCAUCUAUAGCUUCACACCUGGUCUACAGGCGCCGGAGCACCCUAACCCUGGUGUAAGCUACCCGGGUACGGACCGCAUGGCUUACCUCCCAGACAGCCCAGAGGGGAACCGGGUCCUGGGCCUGCUCCGCCGGGCCUUUGAGCAGCGCCUCAUCUUCACUAUAGGGACCUCCAUGACUACGGGAAUGCAUAACGUCAUUACCUGGAACGACAUCCACCACAAAACCUCCAUAUGGGGCGGACCACGCUGCUUUGGCUACCCAGACCCCACUUACCUGGUGAGAGUGACUGAGGAACUCAGAGAGAAAGGCAUCACUGCAGACUGACCGUCCAGAUUCCAGAAUGUUCCAUUCUAGGAACACUAGGGAUUCUAGGAACCUCUAGCUGUCCUGCUGCUGGUGGUUGCUAGGCUGCAGGCUCCUGGACCUAGACCCAGCAGUGCUGCGGAUGAAUACGACAGUGGACAGGGCUUGGCUCCACAGCAGAAACAGGACUACAGCCCAGUGAAGACUCUCAUAUCACUCCAAUACCUCUUUUAUGUGGAAAAUCCUAACUUCCACUUAAAUUGAAUUUUCAUUUAAUCAUGCAUUGAUGUCAAUGGGAGACCAUUCGACUUAAGUGUAAGUGAAAAAUUUUCUAAAGUGGAAUUUAGGUUUCACCCUUGUGUUCCUAUGUUAGGUAUCUAUCUUCUGCUCAAUCCAGCAGCACUUUGUGUGGAAGAAAACAUAACAGUGAGAGCAAUGUGAUUUUCUGUGUGACACAAUCUUCUACCUUUCACUUGUGUUGACAAUAGCAGUACAUUUGUUUGCUGAACUCAUCCGAGCAGUUAUAAUAUAGGGAUUUAAUAAGUUGGUAAGUAUUAUUUUGAAAUCUAAGUAAAAGAGAAGUCUAUUUUGCCUGAUAUGUUUAUUUCCAUGCUGGGGGACACGUUCUUUAUUUACCAGUUGCAAGCGCACAUUAUUGGUGGUCUUUCCAGUACGUUCAUAGAAUAAUUAUCUUUUUCUGUCAUUGUUUUCCGUGAUAACCUGUUACUUACAGUUUGUAUAAAGACCAUAUCUGAGAUAGGUGGCAGGCAGAAUAGCACUGUCUGCUUCAAUAGAAAGCAUCUAACUAAAUAAUUUAAUUUCUCUAAAAGACGUUGCAAUCUAAAGCACUCACAGGCACUUUGACCGAGGGAGUCAGUCAGUCGUUCAGUUCAGUGGAGGGCUGGUUGUUCUCUGCAUAUCAUUAGAAUGAUCAUGGUUCUCUGCUUCCUUUUCAGGCAAGACUAGUCUAUGGAAUAGUGCUCUGAGCAAAUCGGGUAGGUGUUAGUCGUUAACAGCCCUGAAGCUAAUAGCCUGGUAGCUAUAAGUUGAUGUCAAUUUGCUUCGAGCCCUUCAUUUCCCUUUUGAUCUUCCUCUCCUUUGAUUUCUUCUCGUUUUUACUUACACAGGAAGAAUGUUUUCUAUUUCUGCUGGUCUAGGAUCGGUGUGGCCUUUUUAAAUCAUAAUGAAUAAAUAAGGGACCCUGAUCCUAGAUCAGCACUCGUACUCUGAGACUCUCUUUUUAUGAAUACGGAACCAGGUUUUGAACUGCUUGAGUUCAGUUCAGUUUGAUGUCCAGUCAGUCAUUGGUCCUCAUUUUCUAAUGACCAGAUUUACACGAUGAUGUCAAAUGAGAAGGGCAAGAUGUCGAACCACUUAAACCAAAUCAAAGACAGAAAAGGGCUCUGAAAUAAUUAACUAUGUGUCUGAAAUGGCACUCUAUUCCCUAUAUAGUGCACGAGUGCUGAUUAGGGGCCCAUAGGGCUCUGGUCAAAAGUGGUGCACUAUAUAGGACCCAUAGGACUGGUUAAAAGUAGUGUACUGUGUUGGGAAUAGGGUGCCAUUUUGGACGCCAGCCCUGUCUGAAGAGAUGUUUGAUUGUCUCAUAAAUAAAGAGGUAUCUAUCUGCUGUAAUUAAAGUUUGUCUUAAGAUAUCAUCUAGGAUUAACAAUAAGUACCUGUAAUAUGAACAUGUUAAGGAGAAUACUGCAGUCCCUUAUAGGUGUAUUGCCAGUGAUUUAUUGAAUUACCUUGUUUUGAUACAUUUCUCAUUGUUAGCGUGCCUUCUAUUCAAGUUUUGAAGAAAAUGUAGCAUGUUGAUACUAAUGAAUGAUAAGCAAUUCUUCAGUAGACUGUAUCAAAUUGUUAUUUGGAGUGUCAGCCGCAUUAUGUUUGUGCUUUGUCUGCCUUUCUACAGUUUGAGAAUAUAGAAACGGAUGUGUAUUUGACGUAACCUUUCUGUUAUAAACAGUCGAAGUAGUCCAAAAAUUUAGCCUCACUCAUAUGAUCAAACUGUGUGAAGAAGAAUAUGCAUAUAGUCCAGUCUGUGUUAACCUCUUAUUUGUCUGCAGUCGGAUGAUGUGAAAGAAUUUACUUGGCCCAUACAUUCAUUAAAUAUCCCUUGCUACGACCCAAAUGGCACCCUAUUUAUGAUAGAAAAAGUAGUGCACUAUAUAGGGUGCCAUUUGGGACUUGACCUUUUCCCCCAUCUCUUUUUGUAUUUUUUUGUUUAGGGAUCAACUCGAAUAUCUUUGAGAGACAGGAAUAGUAGUUCAAAUCAAGCUACCAUGCAAAUAUUUCUAUGCAGUAAACUAUGUGAACUGGGGGUUGGGGUACAGGCAGGGGAAUAAAUACUGAAAAGGAUUGUGUUGCAAAUUGAUUGUGAAAAGUUAAAGAUUUGCUUUUCUAAUUGUGUUCAUUUGUAUUUUAUGAGUCUGUUGAUGUUAAACAAUUAUGUGGUUUACAUUUUAAUACUUGAAUAAAAACGGUUAUGUUCUGUU